AUGAUGGAAGCCCGCCAGCUGCUUGUUACAAGAUUCAACGCCCAGAAGGCUGCUGUUGAGAGCUCCACUAGAAGGCUGCCUGCUGAGAGCUCCAUCGGAAAGGCUGCUGCUUGGGGGAAAGAUACAACCAGGAAGCCUCGCGAGAAGGUAGCCGUCGGCGAGAAUCGAUCUGAGAAUCCCAACGAGGAAGCUGAAGGCAGCACCACCAAGAAGAUAUGCAACCACCCGUCGUACUCACAGAUGAUUACUGCCGCCAUUAGGUCCCUCGAUGAAAGUAAAGGUUCAUCACGUCAGGCCAUUCUCAAGUACAUUCUCUCCACGUUCGCUGUGAACGAGAAAAUGGUGAAAAUUAAUCUGAAUGUGGCUCUUAAACGCGAUGUCUUGUCUGGAGAUCUUGUACAGGUUACGGGCAAAGGAGCCUCAGGUUCUUUCAGACUCAAGCGUUCGAAAACAGAACCUGAGGGUUCAAAAGCCGGGCCUAAGUGUUCGAAAGUAAAGCAUGAGAGUUCGAAAACCAAGCCUGAGAGUUCGAAGGACAAGCCCAGGCAUUUGAAAAAGUCAGGAAAGUCACGAGGCCUUAAUAGCAGUACGCGAGAGCGUACGUCAUGUACGUACGUACAUUAAAUUUUAUUUUAGUUUUUAAUCUGAGGUCACCAUUGGGUUGACCAGUAUCAGUGAUUUAUUUUUAUUGAUUUUUUUACUGAUAUUUUAUGCUCCCGUUUUAAUUCCGGUCAAAAAUAUUUCUCGUGUGUGUAUAUAUUAACUAAUAAAAACAGCUUUGC